GAAAUUUAUAAUUAUUUAGUUGAUUAAUCAAGAAAUUCAUAAUUUUGAUUAAAUAUAAUGAAAGAAUAUGAAGUGAUCAUCAUAAAUAGUGCAAUGCCUACAGAUUUAGAAGAAUAUGCUGCACAAGUAGCAACAGAAGCGAUUACUAUGGAUUCUGAUUUUAGUAGUAUUGCACAUUUUAUCAAGAGAAAUUUUGAUAGGAAAUAUACAAACACUUGGCAAUGUGUAGUUGGUAAACAUUUUUGUGGGUCCUUUACUCAUGAAACAGGUGAUUUUAUCCACUUUAAGCUAGAAGACCUGACAUUUUUGCUUUUUCGAUCAAUUAAACCAAAAUCACAAUUACUUCAUGCUGAUUCAAGUUUGAACGAAUGA